GCAGGCCGAACAAACAGCUGACUGUUACUGCUGCACAGUGCGGGUGGUGGGUGUGGGCAUAUUUGCAGUCCAUUAAAUCUCUCGACACACGACACUCGCAAGCAAAAGCAGCUUAACCCAAACAUUGAAGGUCAGUUCACGCGGGACUGCGCUCCAAACAACUUUGUCGGAUCGGAUGGCAGCAGUAGACACAGGCGCAGGACAGGAUAUGGUCAAUGGGUUGCUGCUAAUGUUGUUGUUGUUGUUGUCACCCUGCUGUCACCCAGAUACAAACACAAAACUUUUCUGAGUGCCCUAGUCCCAGCAAAAAAAAGUCCAGGGAGCGAACUCCCAGCAUCCUAUGAGAAAAUAUUGUGCUGAAAAGUGUGUGCAAAAUGUGCUACAGAUGUUUUUUGCAUCCUACUGCAUGGCCGCGGGACUGACUGGAUGGGAAUUUGGCAUUGGAUUUGGCACAAACAAACAGCGACAUUUGUUGGACGGGGUAGUGGGCACGUCAGCGAGGCAGUGAAGCGAAAUUUGUAGAGUUGCAUAAUUACACGCACACACUGAUUCCCAUGCCCAUGCCCCGUACCCAAAACUGCCACUGCCACUGCCUAUGGCUGCCACUGGCGCUGGCCAUGGAACUGUUGGGCGUUGUUGCGGUUUGAUGUGGCCGCUCCUCGGUGCACUUUGCUUGCUGCUGCAGCCAUGGAAACGUGUCGCACCUGUGCGAUUUCCAUGUUUGUUUGCGAUUUCGAAAAUGGCAGCAACAAUUUUCUGGACCUCUUCCAUCCCACAUGCUGGCAAAGUGAAAUGGCCCAAAUACGAUUGGAGUUUGUCCACUGGAAUCUGAAGAUUUCACCGAAUGAUGGAUUGCCACAGAAAAUAUGCAGCGACUGUUUUACCAAGUUCUGCUCCAUCUACACAUUUCGAUUGGGCUGCCAGGAAGCGCAGCUGAAGUUGUCCAAUAUUUAUGAUAAAAUCGAUUCCAGCAGCUUGGAGGAUGAGCACCAGGAAGAGGAAGAAACGGAUGUUGUGCCAGAAACAACAACAACAAAAGCAACAACAACAACAACGAUGGUUUCAAACGAAACUCAACCAAACACUGCCACCGCCACCCCAAUAGAGUUUUUUGUGGAAGCCAUAGGCCAAAAUGAUGAAUCUCAGCCACCAUACCAGGACGAUCAUGAUGACGAUGAUGAUGCCACUCAGGAACUGACCAUUAGCUAUGCCUGUAAGUACUGCUUCAAGCCCCAGGAAAACUACCAGCUGCAGCAAAUGCUCCUGGAGCACAUCAAUGCCAGCCACGAUCCAGAGCAGCCGUACAACUGUCCGGAGUGUGAGGAGUGCUUCCAGGAUGCAGCCUCCCGGACAGUGCACAUCAAGAGCUGUCACGUGGAGAAGCAAUUCAAGUGCGAGGUGUGCGGCAAGAAGUACAGCGAUCGCCACAAUCUGCGCCACCACAUCGAGAAGUAUCACUCGGAGACGGACUUUGAGUGCAGCAUGUGCGAGAAGCGCUUCUUUACGCGCAAAAGCCUCAACUAUCACAUGAAGUGGCACAAUCCAGAGCGUCAGCUCAAGUGCCGGCAGACCGGCUGCGAGCGCUUGUUCAUCAAUCAGCGCCAUCUGAAAUGCCACGAGGCCACCCACACGGGCGCCAGUGCCAGAAAGAGCGAACACUGUGGCCUCUGUGGUAAAACUUUCAUACACCUAAAGACGCUACGAUGGCACAUCUAUAGACAGCAUGGCGGGGAGAAGCCCUACAAAUGUGCCAACUGCACGGAGGUGUUCGCUUCGUAUGCGGAGAAAAGGAUACACAUGCUGGAGCGGCACAGGGAGAAUCUAACGCCAAUUGAGCGCAGCGAGUGCAUGUUGUGCCGGCAACCCUUUGGCACCGAACAGGAUCUCAUACAUCACAUGUCCGUGGAUCAUUUGCAGCGUGCGGCAAGUGCGCCAGUGAUUGCCAACAACAAGCGGGUGCUGCAGCAGAAGCGGGAGCGACAGUAUUCGGGACUCUUUCAGUGCGACAGCUGCACCCAGAGAUUCAAUAUGAAGUCGGCCCUGGAUCGACAUGCUGCAGUGCACUCGGAGAAGGACAGGCCGCAUGCCUGUCCGCACUGCUCGAAGCGUUUCAAACGGGCCCAGGACAUGAAGUGGCACAUAAAGACGCACGAGAAGGAGAAGCCCAAUGUGUGUGAUGUGUGUGGCAAGGCCUUUGCCUUGAAGUAUGUCCUCACACAGCACAGGCUCAGCCAUGAAGUUUUGGAGAAGAACUUUAAGUGCAACAUUUGCGGUCGUUCGUAUCUAUUUGAAAAGUCUCUGCGACUCCAUCAACGCGUCCACACGGGCAACACCUACUACAAGUGCGAUCUGUGCCAGGAACGCUUCGUAACGCACAUUAAGUUGAAAACUCAUAUGCAGAAGUCGCAUGCGCAUGCCUCUGAGACGCCCUCACCGGACUCCUUUGAUGAUUUGAUAAAUAUUGUGAUUUCAUAACCAAGUGGAACAGA